AACCCUGAUCACCACAGGUCUGAAGACCAAACAUCUCCAGACCCAAUACUGGAUUCUGAUGUUUGUGAGAUCUCAACACUGAAGCUGGAUGUAGAACCCUUAGAGAAGGUCCAUGUGGUUCCCCUCCACCGGCGUCCGGACCUCCUGGUUCCUUGUGCAGAUCUGGUGAACUCAGAGUGGCAGAGGAGCCAGGCAGCCCGGGUCCACGCCCUCCAGAAGUCCUGCUCAGAGUUCCCGGUCUGCCUGGUCCUCCUGCGGGGUCCCCGGGGGUCCGAGAAGCUGCUGGGUCACGCCCGUCUGUCCCUGGUGGUGGGUCAUGGAGGCAGUCUGUUCGUGGAGUCGGUGGUGGUCUCCAGGCCGGAGCGAGGGAAGGGUUUGGGCCGGACGCUGAUGGAGGAGACGGAGCGCUACGCUAAGAACCGAGGCUUCAGACGCCUCGUCCUCACCACCCACGACAAGCAGCACUUCUACGCCCACCUGGGAUACGUCCUGUCCACGCCGGUGCAGAACGCCGGCGCCAUGACGACCUUCGUUCCCAUGGAGACGCUGCUGAGGUUCUCCAGGACGUCCAACGAAGAAACGGAAAGAAGGACGGAGAAUGGAGUGACUCAGAGGAGCAGAGAGGCAGCAGGAGGUGGAGGAGGAUCAUCUCCAGCUCCUGUACCUCCUCCUCCACCUCCUCUUCCUCCUCUUCAGUCUGUGGAGCCGAUACUUCAGACACUGACUGAAACUCCCUACAGAGAUGCCAAAGGAGUUCCCAUCUACUGGAUGCACAAAGACAUCUGAUGAAAACACACAUAUAAACACACACACAUAAACACAUAAAACACACACACAUACACACAUAAAACACACACAUGUUGUUUUCAGAAAGAUGCUCUCUGCUGUCAAACCAAAGACACGAACAUGGAUGACCUUUAGUUCCACAUUCAGACUCGGUCCUCUUCAGUCACGUCUUUAUUUAUCAGACUUCAGGUUUUCUGCAUCUUUUAUCUCCACGUCUGAGAACAUGAACGUCUGAAGUCACUUUAAGCUGAACUCUGGUUCCAGCAGAGAUCAUGAGUCCAACCAGAAAGGAAAGUCUGAAGGAUGAUGAACACUAAAAGUCAGAAAAUAAUCAUAAACCAGCGUUCUUUAACCCUCGGAGCCCCAAAAUCUGCUGUCAGGUUUAAAAAAUCUGCUAAAUCAUUUAUCGAUGCAGAGAAACUAAAAACAAAAAGAAUCUUUGAGUUUCUACCUUCAGAAGGUCCUUAAACUCCUCUUAAAGCUCCAGGUCUCCACAGAGGAAGGACUUCAGAGGUUCUGAAAUUAAACUCAUUAAAUAUUUGGUUUUUCACGGUUUGAGGAUUUUUUUAGUUCCAGAGAAGAAGAACUUCUAAGAAUUUAUAUCUGGAGAUCCGAGCUGUUGGUUUUAGAUCCACUUCAUCCAGAAUUCUGGAGAGCGUUAACGUAUGAUCAGAUGUCUGCAGGUUCCUCUGGUUUCUGGUGUGAUGUUCAGAAAUAAAAUCACUGCUUUGGUCAAAUGUCAGGUUUCUGAGCUGAUCAAUGGACUAAUAAAUAAUGUCAUAAAUCAGACCUAAGUCUCUUAUCUGCUGCUGUAGUUAAAUUAUGGGAUGUUGUGAAGAUAACCAGGAGUUCUGAAUGUGCCUUUAUUAAACCUGUAAAGGUUUGUUACAUUUCUGAAAAAUAAUGGAAAUAAAGAGAGUAUUUCUCUGA